AUGAACUGCUACUUCGUUGCGGCGCCCAUCCGCACGGAGAGGGGGACGACAGUUCCAGUGCUGGCGCUGCCUUUGCUCGAUUCACGAGACAAGCGGCUGGGCUACCUUUUCUCCGCCGUAGCCGCGACGUUGGACCUCUUUGACUCCAUGACGCCUGAAUGCCAGGUACAACACCUGCAACUGGCCGUGGCCGUUUCUGCCGCCGCAGUGACCGCCAGCGGCGGCCGGUUAGACGAGAGGUGUCGUCCAGGCCGCGUCAUCUCUCGCCUGAAGGAACUCUUUUCCCGCGCCGGGUUGCUGACGACGCACCCAACGGGCAUGAUGCGUCGUUUCUCGUCGCUUGGGGACGAAGGCGUAGGGUGCGGUGCUCUCUGGCUUUACAUGGUGGUUCUGGCGACUGGC